AUAAGUUUUAGUGCUUUAGCAUAUAAGAAUCUGGUGGAGCACUAGCAAGAAAACCUCAAAGCAAGGCAAUGAAUCUGAUGCAAUGCUAAAAACUCAAGUUAUGACUGUCUUUCUUCAUCUUGUAAAUUCAUCUCAUCACAUUACCUUUCUCUGUAUCACAUUUAUAAAGUGGAUGAUCAGAAAAUUUCAGAUACUAUUUGGGCACCAACCAUGGUACAUACGAGACAACGUUCAAGGAUGAUUGAUUGCUUGAAUAAGUUUCAAGGAAGUGUCAAGGCUCAAUUGUCUGAAAGCAAGAAACAUGCAGAGUCCAUUAAAGGAGAAAUCAUUAUUCAACAUACUCAUGCAAAGUCAGGCCUUGCAAAACCUAUUCGUAUUCAAUUAUAUAGUCUGAAUGACUCAAGUACGGGGAAAGGAAAGCUGAGUCAAGAAGUGCAUCUGAAUCAUGGGAAACGUAUCCACAACAAGCUUAAUGGCAACACAUGUAUUAAGUAUGAAUUGACAUUUGAGGCUGACCGAGAUUUUGGAUUUCCAGGAGCUUUUGUCAUCUGGAACCAGCACAAAGACAAGUUUUUUCUUCAAUCACUAUCUCUCCAAGUUGAAUUCAAACAAAUGGUUCAUUUUGAAUGCAAUUCUUGGAUAUAUCCCAAUCAUUUAAUGCAAAAGGAAAGGAUUUUCUUCUCAAAUACUUGUUAUCUUCCAAGCCAAACACCAAAUGGUCUGCUGCAACUGAGGAAACAAGAACUUGAAACAUUGAGAGGAGAUGGAACUGCAGGGAGAAUUAGAGAAUGGCAUCGGGCUUAUGACUAUGAUUUCUAUAAUGAUCUCAGUGAUCCUCAGCGAGGGGAAAGACCUAUUUUAGGAGGUUCAAUUCACUAUCCAUAUCCAAGGAGAGGAAAAACUGGUGAACCACAUAUUCACUCAGAAAAUGUGAAGGGGAUAAUGUUCAAGAUAGACAGCUGCAUCCCUCCGGAUGAAAGAUUUAGCCCCCAGAAACAAUCAGAGUUUGUGAAGAAAGUGAUCCAGGCAACUUUGCACUUUGUAGUUUCUCAGGGGGGUUCUGUGUCAAGAGAAGAAACCAACCAAUUCAAGUCAUUCAAUGAGAUCAAAGAGCUAUUUUCGGGGAAGAAAAGCCAAGGGGUGGAAGAAUGGAUGAUAAAGAAAUUGGAAGCUCAUCUACCAAAAGAGAUUUUGAAGGGGAUUGGACAAGGAAUCAAGGAUUAUACUACAAAGUUUCCAAUGCCUCAGUUAUUUGCAGGGAACGAAUUGGCGUGGAAGGAUGAUGAGGAGUUUGGGCGCCAGAUGCUUGCAGGAAUUAAUGCAACUGUAAUUCAGUGUUUGCAGGCUUUUCCACCAAAAAGCAAGAAUGGAAUAUGGAGUUCAAUAAGACGAUCACACAUAGAACAUAACCUUGAUGGCCUCACUCUUCAAGAAGCAAUGAACCAAUGGAGGAUUUUCAUCUUGGACCACCACAACUAUCUCAUGCCAUUUUUAGGAAAAAUAAACAAAAAUGAUGUGUGUGCCUAUGCGUCCAGGACUCUACUAUUCUUAAAGGACGAUGCCACGCUAAAGCCACUUGCUAUAGAACUAAGUUUACCAGGGCUUUCACCUGGCACUGAGAUUCACAGGGUAUUUCGUCCAGGGGGCAAUGGAUCAGAGGCAACCUUAUGGCAGUUUGCUAAAGCUCAUGUGGGAGUAAAUGAUUCUGGUUAUCAUCAGCUAAUCAGCCAUUGGCUAAAAACUCAUGCUGUUGUAGAGCCAUUCAUUAUUGCCACCAGAAGGCAGUUGAGUGUUAUGCACCCGAUUCACAGGUUAUUGAAUCCUCACUUCAAGGACACUAUGCAUAUUAAUGCAUUGGCUCGAAGUACUGUCUUAAAAGGUGGAGGAAUCAUUGAGAAGACCCUUUAUUCUGGUGAAGUCUCUAUGGAGCUAUCUUCUUCACUCUAUAAGGAAUGGAGAUUUGAUGAACAAAGCCUCCCUGGUGAUUUACUGAAAAGAGGUAUGGCUUUCCAUAACCCAGAUUGCCUGGCUGGCGUUCAGCUUCUCUUUGAAGAUUAUCCAUAUGGUACAGAUGGACUAGAAAUUUGGGUAGCAACCAAGAGAUGGGUAAAUGACUAUUGUCUACAUUUUUACAAGGAUGAUAAUUCCCUGAGAUCGGACCAUGAGAUCCAAGAAUGGUGGUCGGAGAUUAAGAAAAUUGGCCAUGGAGACAAGUGCAAUGAAACAUGGUGGUACCCAAUGACUACUCUCUCUGACCUAGUAGAGGCUCUCACAACCCUUAUAUGGAUAUCUUCAGGUCUUCAUGCUUCAGUUAACUUUGGACAAUAUGAAUACGUGGGUCAUCCACUAAAUUGCCCAAUCAAAUGUCAGAAUUUCAUCCCAAUGGAAGGGACAAAAGAGUUUGCAGAGUUUCUCCAUGACCCAGAUAAGUUCUUCCUCAAGAUGUUACCCAACAGGUCUGAAAUCACCCUAUAUAUGGCACUAUUAGAGGUACUCUCGGCGCCUACAUCUGAUGAAGUAUACUUGGGUCAACAACGAUCUCCAAAUUGGAUAGAUGAUGUAUGGGUAAAGCAAAGGUUUGAGCAAUUUGCCGAGGAACUGAACGAAGUGGAUAAAAGGAUAGUGGAAAGAAAUGCAGAUCCCAAACUUAAGAACAGACAAGGCCCCUCCAAUAUACCAUACAAGCUUCUGCGCCCUGCGGUCUCCAAUGUUAAAUCAUGUCAGGGUAUCACAUCUAUAGAGAUACCUAAUAGCAUAUCCAUGUGAAUCACUA